UUUUCGGGCGCUGCUCGGAUGCAGUGCUUCAAUACAAAACCUUCCUGCAGGCAGUGAUCGGAUGAUAGGUUGAUUCUUCCCCCUGCUAACCUGUCCAAUUCUGUCCCCUUCCCUUCCCCAGCUCGUGUUCGAAGAGGUCGCUGUGUGGAGGAUGGCCUUCUGCCCAUUCGUCUGAAGUUUUAACACGCUUGUGGGAUAGAUGGCUGCAGCUAAUAAGGGCACAAAGCCUAAAGUGGGUGGUGUCCGCUUCGCCGCCAGCCAGCCUGAGGAAGGAGCACACUCCCACGUGCACUUCGACGAGAAGCUCCAUGACUCCGUGGUCAUGGUCACCCAGGAGAAGGAUGGCAACUUCUUGGUCAAGGUAGGGUUUCUGAAGAUACUGCACAAAUACGAAAUCACGUUUCUUCUGCCUCCCGUUCAAAGGCUGGGGAAGGACGUCUGUGCCAUUCCGCUUCCAAACGUGAACCUUAAAGUCAUCAGCAUCACGCCAGUGGCUGAAGGCUACAGUGUUAAGUGCGAGUACACCGCGCACAAAGAAGGGGUCCUGAAGGAAGAGAUGAUGCUGUCCAGCGAGACCCACGAUGGUGCCUGCGUCAAAGUGGUCGUUCAAGCCCGGGUCAUGGAUCGCCACCACGGCACACCCAUGCUGCUGGAGGGGGUCCGGUGCAUCGGGGCGGAGCUGGAGUACGAUUCGGAGCAGAGCGAGUGGCCCGGGUUCGACUAGCCGUUGAGGACCGCCUCCUCCUUUUAGGUUUUAAAUUUAAGCUUGAAAUGUAAGAAAAACAAAUAGUUCACUGGCUGCAGGAUUCUGAACGCUCUAGUUUUGUGGUCACCAAUGGAGCUUGUCUUGUGAGGUCUGGGUGCUGUGCUUUCACCCCCCUUCCCCUAAUAGCAAACCAAACCGUAGGCCAGUCGUUGUCAAGGGUUUUGUGAAGAGCAGGUGGCGGCUUUUGACUCUGGCUCAGAGCUGAGAGCAAAGCCAGGGCCGUCACGGAUUGGGUCAGGGUUCUCAUCAUCUUUUCGGCCUUAAAACUAAACUCUGUGUGCGCGCGCACGGGGCUGUACAUGCUGGCAUGCAAGUGGAUGCCCAACCUCCUGAGCAAGUGUCAUCUACCGGGCAUCUGUCAUAUCAGAAUAUUAUUUCUUAUCCUUAAAUGUUGGUUAUUUUUUCCUUCUCUUUAGUGAUCUUAUCGUCGCAUGUGGCGUUGUCCAAAGUUUCUACAGCUGCCAUUUCAAAACUGAACAGCUGAUGUUUUCUACUAUCUCCAGUGGUGGGGUUGGUAAAUACACCGGGUGGGGUGCGGUAGCUUCAUAUGCGUUGACUGUUUAGUUUGGGUUUAGUCUCAGGAGUAUUUCCAAAAAGCAGGCAUCUGUUGCCUUCCUGAGAUUCAGGAGCAAUCCCUUGUCGCAAGCCAUACGGUGUCUUGUUCUCUCUUUCUGCUGCUGCUGCAAUUUUAUUUUAUUUUUCAUGAUCUUUCAGGAUGCGUGUUUAAACGCUUCGGGCUGGAUUCUGAUCCCAGUUGAAAUCUGGAAUUAACUCCACUUUCCCCCAGUGGGUAACUCCAGAUUGAGUCCAUUGGCUUUUGGGGAGUUAACGCCAAGUUUACACCAUUGCUGACUGAGAGCCGAAUCGGUCUCGUAAGGGUGCAUUCUGCCUUCAGCGGUGCAGAUUUAACUCUCUCUAAAAGCAGUGGGGUUGUGUGCAUGUAUCUGAAGGCAGAAGUUUCCCUUUAGGUUGGGUUGUUUGAAGGCAUUUAGGAGAGUUGGGGGCUCAGUUCCACUGGGAGUUGGUUGCUUCACCCUCAUAGACACCUUUGAAAAUCCCAGUCUGAAUUUUCAUUUCUUAAAUGUUGUCUGGUGGUUUUUGUUUUUUAAGACACACGGUACAAGGACCAGGAAUAGUGGUUCAGUUCUGAAAGCAACAGAAGGAUUUAUGUGCCUCUCUCUAUAUAUGUGUAUGUGUGGGUUUUUUAAGUACAAAAAAUAUCUAUAAAGGAAAAUAAUAAACUUCAGUUGGAACAAAACAGAA